AGCCGCUAUGGGCCCGCUGGGCCCCUGGCGCCGCGCCGCGCGAGCACCGGCUUAGAGCCAGGAUUAAACAACAAGAUGGCUGAUCAGGACCUUGGGGGCAUUAGCCCUCUCCAACAAAUGAUGGCCUCGGGGGCUGGGGCUGUGGUCACCUCCCUCUUCACGACACCCCUGGACGUGGUGAAGGUCCGCUUGCAGUCUCAGCACCCCUCAGUAGCCAGUGAACUGAUGCCUCCCUCCAGACUCUGGAGCCUCUCCUACACCAAAUCGCCCUCCUCUCUCCAAUCCACAAGAAAGUGCCUCCUGUACUGCAAUGGUGUCCUGGAGCCUCUGUACCUAUGCCCAAAUGGUACCCGCUGUACCACCUGGUUUCGUGAUCCUACCCGCUUCACUGGCACUCUGGAUGCUUUUGUAAAGAUUGUGAGGCAUGAGGGCACCAGGACCCUGUGGAGCGACCUCCCAGCCACCCUGGUGAUGACUGUGCCAGCCACCACCAUCUACUUCACUGCCUAUGACCAACUCAAGACCUUCCUCUGUGGGCAAGCCCUGACUUCUGACCUCUAUGCACCUAUGGUUGCUGGUGCACUGGCUCGCUUGGGCGCUGUGACAGUGAUCAGCCCCCUAGAACUUGUACGGACAAAGCUGCAGGCUCAGCAUGUGUCAUACCGCGAGCUUGGCACCUGUGUCCGGGCUGCAGUGGCUCAGGGUGGCUGGCGCUCACUGUGGUUGGGCUGGGGCCCCACAGCUCUUCGAGAUGUACCCUUCUCAGCUCUGUACUGGUUCAACUAUGAGCUGGUGAAGAGAUGGCUGAAUGGGCCCAGACCAAAGGACCAGACAUCUGUGGGCAUUAGCUUCGCAGCUGGCGGCAUCUCAGGGACGGUGGCUGCCAUCUUUACUCUACCCUUCGAUGUGGUGAAGACGCAGCGCCAGGUUGCGCUGGGAGCUGUAGAGGCUGUGAGAGUGAAGCCCCCGCGGGUUGACUCCACCUGGCUUCUGCUUCGGAGAAUACGAGCUGAAUCAGGCACUAAGGGACUCUGUGCAGGCUUUCUCCCGAGGAUCAUCAAGGCUGCCCCCUCCUGUGCUAUCAUGAUCAUGCCAAACACAUGAGUUUGGCAAAAGCUUCUUCCAGAGGCUCAACCAGGAAA